AUGGUGUCCACGAGAAGCUCGAAGCGUGGAAACGAACAAGAUCUUGCGGACCAGUCGCCUUCCAAGAGACGGAGGAACUCUUCAGCUGUUCCUGCGGUGGCAGCAGCGGCAUUCAGAGCCAGUGCCGGACCAGCACAAAGUAGGGACGGAAGAACCAGAGAGGUUGUMGAAGCGCCGCCGGGACAAGGUCGUGAUGAGGAGGGAGAUUACGCGGGAAGCUCUCGCAGCUACGAGACGCCCAACCAGAUCAUGAGAAAGAUUCAGAGAGCCGUCGAUGUCAGCGGCCCCGUCGCAGCUUUCACACGCUAUGUACAACCAAUCCUAGACAUGCCAGAAGACAUGGUCCGUAACAACUCCCUUUUCUCGAUUUCAAAGUUGAUGAACAUCCACGGCACAGACGGAACUUUCUGGACUGAAGCAUGGCCGAUUGAAGUAUAUGCCGAAUAUGAUGAAGGAGAUGACUCUUUCGAUACACUCUGGUCUGGAGAUUAUAACGACAACGUUCGAGCAGAUCUUCUGGACGAGAGGGGACGAAUGCGACUGAAUUGGUACCAUGCGCUCAAAUUUCUGCGAGACAAUGGCGCUGAGAGCGACAUGAUUGUCGAUCUUGCAAAACAGUACAAGGAGGCAAUAGGACUUGCAAACGAUGGCGUGUAUGUCAAUCCAAUCCUCGACGAAAGAGACCAGAGUCAAGAAGAGCAGACUCUGACGACGUCCAUGGAGCAAGCCCGGCUGCGGAAAUCGUGGCUAGACGCUAUCGGGCGGUUGCGAGCAGUUUUCGGAGACACUGCGGCAGAGGAGUUGCAGUCGGUCUUCCAUGGCAUGAUAGUCGACGGUCAGCUCGGAAAUGUCGAAUCGUGCGACAAAUCCGAGCGAGAAAUCUGGUGGGCAUAUCUCCAGAAACACGUAACGAGGCCUAGCUGUCUGCACAGAGCAUUGCAUCUUCUGGUCUUUGAUAUGUGUAGAAUGUGCAUAGGAAAGAGGACGAGACCCAUGCAAUUCGAAUGGUUCGAAGCUCUCAUGGAAUGUAUCCAGAAUAUGGGAAUGAGGUUCAAUCAGUAUGGGUCCAUAAAAAACAUGGUGGCUUGCGUUGCGUAUGUCCGAGAUGGAGGAAGAUACGAAGACAUGUGUCAAGAACUUGAAGAACAUGUUGUCAACCUACGACGAGUUUGUUUUGAAGCCGCUGCGUCAGAGUGGCAAGCGGUAGUCAAAGCUGGAGAAACCCUCAUGGAACGGAAUAGGAGAUUCAAGAUGUACCAUCUCAUGAAAUGCCACUUCGAAGCUGGAGGCCUUCCUUACUCAUUUGAGGACCUCCAACAAGCCGCGAACACCACUGAUCCGAACAGACUCUCCCCAGCGAAAGCGGCAAUGGACUUUAGGUGCCCCUGGAGAGUAGCCAUGAUGAAAGCGGAUGAAUUAGAUCGAGGUGUAUAUUAUAGUUUGCUGGAUCAAUUGAUGAACCGCUCGAAGAAGGAGCAGGCGGAGUAUGGACCCRGCAUUGCGACAACGUUGAGAGAUUGGAGAAAGCUCAUAAAAAGAGUCCAAGGAGGAUCGUUGGAUGGCACUACAGAAUACCGGUUUCGAGAUCUGCAUGAUCGCGUGUUAGAAUUCUACGAAAAUUAUGGGAUAAUCGUCGCUAGUAAUGUUGGAGAAGACACUGAGCUGUCUGAUGAAGUCUGCGAAGCAUUGGUGAGACGGACUCAGGAUAAGAUGGAAGUGAUCGACACUCUGACUUGGAAUGAAUGGCGUUUGUUCUGUGCUCCACUUGGAGAGGAUACCGAGUGGGAGCGCCUGAAUGGCAUUCGAAAUGAACUUCGUCCUAGAGGAUACUUCUGGCUUCCAUAUGAUCCAACACCCGUACUCCCAACACGUUCAGAUCGAAGCAGAAGUCUGGGUUUCGGUGGUGAGAGAAGCAAGAUUCAAGGAGAAUGGAGGUGGCAAGGGCCUCUUGGAGCAGGAAGCUGGGGUGAUGCCAGUCUCUGGCGACAACACAAUCGCGUCGAAGAUCUGAGUGAUCAGCUUGUGAUCAAGGAAUGUUAUCAAGGGAAAUUUUUCAAUGUUCCAGCGUAUUGGGAGGGGCACAUGUAUCGACGCGUAAUCAAAGAGGAGAAGAUCAUGAGAGAUAUGGGGAAUAUUCAGGGGAGUGAUACGAUGGUGAGGUCUAGAGGAUAUGCGAUUUAUGAGAGCUUGAGGAUGUAUAGGAUAUACAUGGAGUAUUGUCCACAUGGGGAUGUCGAAGAGAUGAUUCUAAGGGCUAUCGGAAGAGGUGAAAGCGUUCCGGAACGGCAGCUCUGGUCGAUCUUCCAAGCAAUGGUCUCUGCGCUUUGUAUCUUGAGGGACGGACGAUUACCUGGAGCGGCGACACAGGGCGAGUCCCGGAAAGUCGUUGUGCACCGAGAUAUCAAGCCCGCGAACAUCUUCCUCGGUAGGGUUCAGGAGCGGGAAUGGAAAGAAAUUCCAGCCGCGAAGCUGGGAGACUUUGGACUUGCGACGGAAUGGAACCAGGCCAUGCGCUGGCAGACGGGGAUCGGGACAAAGGAAUACCGCGCUCCUGAGCAGCAGGAAGGCGCGGGGCCGGAACAGAGUCCCGGUGUAUGUUCCGCGAGCGAUCUGUGGGCUGUGGGGAGGGUUCUGUUGAGUUUGAUGAAUCUGCAGGAAGUCGCGAGUGUUGAGCCCUUUCAAUUUACAGGCGACAAAGGGGUGCUGGCUUUCAAACCCCACGUCGAGCAGCUUUAUUCCGAAGAAUUGAGGGGACUAGUUGUGAGGUGCCUAGAGGAGGAUUCACUUUCCAGGCCAGGUGUGGAUGAGGUGUGGGAGGCGAUUCGGCAAAAGGUUGAUGCUGUGGUCGGGGCGACCGGGAAUAGUAUGAAGGAAGGAGAUCCACCUGCAGGAGAGCCAAUGAUUGAUGUGAAGAAGGAUCGAUAUGCGGAACGGUUGGCUCGACGAUUAUAG